AUGCGGCUCCUUGAUCUCCCACGCGAGCUUCUACUAGUUAUUGGACGCGAACUCCAUUCACAAAGCGACCUAGCAACAUUCUUAAGGGCAAAGCGAUACCUCUACAGUUUACUAACCCCCGAGCUCUACCACCGCCGCGAUGGAGCUCCGAAAUACCUGCUCUGGGCGGCAACGAUUGACCGACCCGAAACUCUAGAGAGAGCGCGGUCCCUUGGACACCACGGUGCGGAUUAUACUGCAGCACGUUUUACGCGACCGGAUUCGCUGAAAUUGCUGAUUGACGCUGGUUACGAUGUCAAUCUGAAGAGUUUCGAUUGCGGAUACACGCCGCUAUACGAAGGUUGA